AUGCCUGCCGACUUUGCUUAUGAAGAACCAUCCACUUCCGCUCUUCUCAUCUUCUCCACCUAUAUCUGGCUCCUCAAUCUCGCCAGAUGGAUCGUUCAACGAUAUACAGGGGCCGGGCUCCUGGGAGAAAUCGCCAUAGGCAUGGUGUUUGGAUCUCCGCUUGCAGAGUGGUUGCAGAUUGACUGGCAGGACACGAUGGUGUUAGUGGGGUACAUCGGGUUGUUGGCUAUUGUCCUCGAAGGCGGUAUCACAACUAGCUUGCCCCUCUUGGUACCCCUCAUCCCCAUCUCUUUUGCGAUUGCCGUGACGGGGGUUGUUGUCACCUUCGGACUAUCAUUCAUCCUCAUGCCAGCUUUUUCGUUUGCACCCCUCGCAGCGUUCUCAACAGGCUCUGCUAUGUCGUCCACCUCCCUCGGCACUACUCUUGCCGUCCUUGCAGGGACCAAGGGCAUCGGGUUCGAUCUUCGCCAGACGAAAGUUGGUGUAGCGCUCGUCGGUGCUGCUGUAGCCGAUGACGUGUCAGCGUUCGUCUUUUCAGAGAUCAUCAAAAUUGUAGGAGAGGGUAGCGGUGGAAUUGGUGGGAAGAUUGGAAGGACAGUCGGAGUCACCCUUGGACUAGGAGUCGUCCUGAUCCCUCUUUCCAUCUGGGUGUUCCGGCCGCUCAUAACCUCGCGAUGGGCCCUCAAACAGCUCGAUAAAACGGGUCAGCUUGGAUCCAUCAUUCUCGUGUUACUCACGGCAGUGGGAAUGGUCGCGGCAGCUGGCUAUGCUGGCACCAGUCCUCUAUACGGUAUCUAUGUAGGAGGCCUAAUCCUCUCCUAUAUCUCUGAAUCUGCUCCCCGCGAUAACCGCGAGUCAGAACUCGAGCUUGAUCCCCUGCCUCGCACGAUUACAUACGCUACUACCAACACCGCCGGUCCUCUCAUCGAUUCUCCCGCUUUGGCCCGGACCAUGUCUCGAGCAUCUCCAAACCUAUACCGCGCGCAAACCCACCCAGGGACACUAGGCUACCACUUUGCCUCUCUCCCGGCCCCCAACCGCGCCCGCUCCCGCGCAGAGUCCUCAAAUGCUAAUCACCCGCUUGAUUUCGCCGGAGCGUACAACGCUUUCCUGUUUCCCAUCGUUGAAUAUAUCCUACUCCCCCUCUUCUUUGGUUCCAUCGGCUACUCUAUCCCCUUUGUCCGCCUGUGGCGAGGCGAGAUCAUCUGGAAAGGAGUCAUCUAUGCCAUACUCAUGCUCAUCUCCAAGAUGGCGUGCGGUCUAUGGAUGUUCUGGCCGUCAAAGAGCAAAGGAGGAAUGCUGGCCCAGGAGAAGGGGUUGCCAGUGACUGAGAAUGAGCUGCGGGGAGAGUGGAGAUGGAGAGAUCGGGUGCCGGCGGUCUUGCUCUUGGGAAGCGCGAUGGUAGCGCGUGGCGAGAUUGGCCUUCUGAUAUCUCAAAUUGCCCGUCACACCAACACCCCGCUCAUCACCGAAGACGAAUUUCUGAUCGCUAUCUGGGCUAUUGUAUUGAAUACCAUCAUUGGCCCCCUUGCUGUGUCUGCCACCUUGAAGCGGUUCAAAUUGAAGGUCGUGGCUGGUGGAUGGGAGUGA